GAAGAAAAGAAAAAAGGAUCGGCCACCUGCAAUCUGAGAUUUCGACACUGCUAACAAGAGGGGGAACUUUGUUUGGAUCUCCCUUCUCCAACAUGGCCUCUUUUGCCCAAACCAUCUCCGAUCCAUGCCAGCGUUUGAUCAGUGUUGGUCAUUCAACUGGCGAUGGAGACAACUACGCCAUUACCAAGGGUAUCUAUCAGACGCUGUAGGACCUGCGCAUAAGUUUGUUGUUCUACACCGUUUAUGUUUUUGCAUGGUGAUUAGACUGGUUUUUGGUUAUGUGAAUUCUUUUACUUUGGUCCCAGCCAUUUCCCCC